AUGCCUUUCUACCAGUCAAGAACAGCGCAGUUUGUUCUGUUCACGUUGUUUAUCUACGUCCUGACAUUUGCAUCUGUUUAUUUCGCUAUCUCUUCGAGUAUUUCAUUUCUACAAGUAACCAUUAAAUUGACUCAAGGUUUCAAUAUAAUCAUCAUAUCUAUCUUUUCUAUAAUCAAUUCCAUUAUUCUUUGGAAAUUUUCUAAUUAUUUACUCUUUGGAGAACUACGACUCAUCGAAUAUGAACAUGUCUUAGAGAGACUCCCCUUCACGGUCAUUAAUAUGGUCUUCAUGUCAAGUAUGUUCAAUGAACAUGAUAUUUUCACUACCAUCAUCUUAAGUUUAUUACUUCUAUAUAUGAAAGUCUCUAAUUGGAUCCUUAGAGAUCGUCUAGAAUCAUUGUUACAAACGGUAAAUGAUUCCACAACUAUUUUCAAUUUAAUUUUCUCUACCCAAUUCUUCUUCAACUUAAUACUAUUUUCUCUAAUUGAUUAUUUGAUGAUGAAUUUUUGUAUUUCAAACUCAUUAUUAUCAAAUAGCAACAUUGGAUCAUCUGCCUCAGUUUAUUUAUUAAUGGGGAUGGAAUUCACCAUGUUACUGGUUGAUCUUUUCAAUAUUCUUUGUCACUCCAUAUUAAACAUUUACGAAUUUUAUAAAUCUUCAUUAGUCUCCCUAGAUACCCAUUUAACCUCUGAGGAUGAAGAAGAUGAUGAAUCUGGGUUUAACGGUCUUGAAGGUAAGUUUAUUUAUGAAAAAAUAAUCGAUACAUUCACAAGGUUUUUAAAGACAAUCAUUCAUAUUUUAUUAUUAAUUCCAUUUGCUAUGCCCGUUAUGUUAAGUAAAGAUGUAGUCAUUGAUUUGGUCACUUUGAGUCAGAACAUUAAUACAAUUUGGAAGAUUUGGGUCAAUAAUAGAAAAUUAGAUGACCAACUCCCCACAGUGACUCAACAUCAAUUAGAUUCAAUGGAAGAUAAGAUAUGUAUAAUUUGUAUGGAUGAUUUAUCCAUUAAUUCUAUUCAAAAGAAUUUUGAAAAGAGAAAACCAAAAAUGUUACCUUGUGGCCAUAUUUUACACAUGAAUUGUUUAAAAAAUUGGAUGGAAAGAUCACAAACUUGUCCAAUGUGCAGAUUGCCCGUCUUUAAUGAAAAGGGUGAAGUUCUACCAACAAGAAGAGAAAGAGCAACAACUCCGGAACCUUCUACAUCUACCUCUUCAGAUUCAGAAGAAAAUGAAGAAUGGGUUUCUUUUCCUAUUGAAACAAUUGAUGAUAGUACUAUAACUUUCAAUUUGGCCAACGAUGAUGGAAGAAUCUUGAAAUCUCGUCUUUUGAUAAAUUCAACAACUGACACGACUCAGAAUUCGGAUGAUAUUUUAGGCUUAAAACAAAAAAUUAAUCAACUACAAGAUCAAAUAAAUCAAUUAAAUAAGAAUAUGAAACCAAUAGAUGAAAAGGAAAAUAUACUUCUUUCUCAUACAGAAUAG